AUGGAGAAGCCGCCGUUCUCCUCCAUGAUCACGGCGGCCGGCCCCUCCAUCUUCAAGGACGGCAAGGGCUGCGGUGCUUGCUAUCAGGUUAAAUGCACCGGCAAUGCCGCUUGCUUCGGCCGCCCGGUGACCGUGGUCGUCACAGACGAGCGCCCCGGCGGCGAGGCGUGUCUGGCCGAGGCUGCCCAUUUCAACCUCAGCGGCAAGGCGUUCGAUGCCAUGGCCAAGCCCGGCCAAGCCGACAACCUCCGCGACGCCGGCAACAUUAGGGUCCAGUACGACCGGGUUCCGUGCAAGUGGCGCGGGCUGGACAUCGCCUUCAGAGUGAAGGCUGGCUCCAACCCGAACUACCUCGCGGUGCUCAUCGACAACGAGUCCGGCGACGGCGACCUGUCGGCGGUGGAGCUUCAGCAGCGCGGCGGCAGCUGGGCGCUGAUGCAAGAGUUGUUGGGCGCGGUGUGGAAGUACAACUCCAUGUCCGCCCUGCGGGCGCCCAUAUCGAUCCGCCUCACCUCCAGCUCCGGCAAGAAACUCGUCGCCAGCAACGUCAUCCCCUCCGGCUGGCAGGCCGACAAGACCUACCGGUCCAUCGUAAACUACUGA